AUGCUUUCAAUACUUCUUGCCGCGGCGCCUCUAGCCUCGCUCGUGUGUGCAUCUUUCGAUGGCAACCUGAACUACCACUCGCCUUCUCGCCGGCACGAAGGCCUUGGCAUCGAUGUGCCGAAGGUCGCGAAGAGAAGCCUCAUCAAGCGGGCGACUCCGUGGGAUCCGGCUCAGCUAAGCUUCACGCACGGCGUCGCCUCUGGAGAUCCUUAUCCCGACUCUGUCAUUCUCUGGACACGCAUUGCGCCAUCUCUCGAGAACGACAGAUCGAACGUGACUGUUACGGGUAACGUAGCCUUCUACAACCACGAGACGGAGAAGUACAUCAAGGCCUCACCAAACCCUAUUUGCGUGGACUACCGCGUUGGUACCGACGGCAACUUCUCCAGCAUCGUCGAUCAAGGCCAAGCAUACACCACUUCCGACAUCGACUUCACCGUCAAGAUUGAAGCAAAGAACCUGUCCCCAUUCACCCAGUACUACUACCAGUUCAACGUUUGUGGUAGCUCCAACAAGAGCCCACUCGGCAGGACCAAGACCAGCCCUGACGAAAACGACGAUGUUUCCAAAGUUGGUCUUGCUAUCUUUUCUUGUUCCAACUGGCAGAAUGGCUACUUCAACGCGUACGGCAAUGCUGCCAGGAAAGAUCAAGUUGACUUCUUCGUUCAUCUUGGUGAUUACAUCUAUGAGUCCACCAAGGGCAAGCUCGGCCAAGACCCGCGCGCCACGAACCCGUCGCGGGAGAUCGUCACACUUUACGACUACCGAACGAGGAUUGGCCAGUAUCGCACUGAUGAAGACCUUCGCCUUGCUCACCAGAACUUUGCUUGGAUUCCAACAUGGGAUGAUCAUGAGGUUGCAAACAACGGUUAUCGCGAUGGCUUUAGCGGCAUGAACAACACUGAACAAAGCUUCAAGAAGUUCGGAGGAGUGAGCGUUGACUCUAGGAAGAUGAACGCUGUCCGCGCCUACUUUGAGUGGAUGCCCAUUCGCCAGGUCGAUAUGGAUGACAACCUCCGCAUCUGGCGCAAUUUCAAGAUGGGUAAGCUCUUCGACCUGAUCAUGCUCGAUACCCGCAACUACGACCGAUCCAUCACGACGCUCAACUGGAAUGACGACUACAUCGAGGAUCUCAAGGACGAUGCUGGCCGCUCGCUCAUGGGUAGCCGCCAGGAACAUUGGUUCUACAACCAGCUUUCCGAGUCGCAUGAACGAGGUGCUACCUGGAGGAUCAUUGGCAACCAGAUCAUCUUCUCGCGAAUGAACAACAGCGCAGUGUACAGCAACGAGUUGAAUGCGGAUCAAUGGGACGGAUACACCGCCAACCGCAACCGCACCCUUCAUCACCUUUACAGCAAUGAGAUCCCAAACACUGCAUUCUUGGCGGGCGAUUCUCAUGCCAACUGGGUGUCUGAUCUUGUUUGGCUUGACGAAACCCCGUAUGACCAAGCUACAGGUGCAGGUGCGAUCGGCGUUGAGUUUGCUGGCACGGCCGUCUCUUCGAGCGGUUAUGGCGCCGGUAGAUCUAUUGCGAACUCGAGCGACCGUUCGGCAGCGCUCGUGCGCGAUAACAGGGAGCUUCAGUGGACCGAAGGCUACUACAGAGGGUACUACGAGCUGUUCAUCUCGCCCGAGGAGCUCAAUGCGCAGUACUACGGCUCUCCAUCCGUCGCAUCUCGCAACCCCUUCGAUAUCAGCCUUGCGAACUUCACCGUCAAGGUUGGUGCCAACCAUCUGGAGAGGACAAAUGGUACUGUCGUUGCUGCGGGUGGGCAUGUCGAGAGCGGUGCGCUUCAACGUGGUCCAACCACUCCAACCAACUUGACGCUCAACACCAUUACCGGAAUGUGGAACGUCACUGGCUUCGAGCAGAUGUUCGUUACAUACGCGUAA